GAGUAACUCCGCGCUAUACCGGCUUCGUACUCCGAAAACCAGAAAAAUCAGGAGGAACAAAGAGAGGAAAUUGCCCGCUCAACCCUAGAGCGUUGCUUCUCUGGCAUGGAGCAAGAGGCCAAGGAGAAUGCUUUAGAUGCACCCGAGGAUCGGAUCACGUCCUCGGCACCAUCCACCUCCGGCGAACGAUCGCCGGCGGAGCUUUCCGCCGAAUCCUACCUCUCACGCAGCGUCUCGUCCAGCCGACUAAACGCCGGAGCGCCGGAAUUCGUUCCGCGGGUUCCAACAACGACGGUAGUGGGUGGCCACAAUGGGGGCCAUCAGCGGCUCGUUAAGAUACACCAUCACACGACAGCAACGCCACCAAUGAUCCCCGUCCUCCACCCGCGGGCGGCUGCGGUGGCGAGCCCUCAGUUCGUUACACCCGGUCCGCCGAUUGGGGUGUAUGAUUAUUAUGGGGUCUCUGUUGGUGGAGGCGCAGGCGGGUUUGCGGAGCACGAGUUCGUACAGGUGCCAGCUGAUUCUGAUCCUGCAACCUCGGCUAGGGAUGGUUUGUCAGACGAUAUCGUGCAGAAGCUCACGAAACAGGUGGAAUACUAUUUUAGUGAUGUGAACCUGGCAACCACGGAACAUUUGAUGAGGUUCAUAAGUAGAGAUCCUGAAGGCUUUGUGCCAAUAGCUGUCAUUGCUUCCUUUAAGAAGAUUAAGGCAUUGGUGCACAACAAUAUGCUGCUUUCCAAUGCUCUGCGGACAUCAGCAAAGCUCGUUGUUAGUGAUGACGGGAAAAAAGUCAGACGCCUCCAUCCCUUCACUGAGGCAGAUGUUGAUGAAUUGCAGUCUCGCAUUGUUGUGGCUGAGAAUCUUCCCGAAGAUCAUUGUUACCAGAAUCUUAUGAAGAUUUUCUCUGCAGUUGGAAGUGUGAAGACAAUACGAACAUGCUAUCCUCAAACUCCUAAUGGCACUACUAAUCCAACGAACAGAUCAUCUAAACUUGAUAUGCUUUUUUCCAAAAAGUUACAUGCAUUUGUGGAAUAUGAGACUGUCGAGGAUGCCGAGAAAUGUCUUUCCGACCUCAGUGAUGAAAGGAAUUGGAGAAGUGGGCUUAAGCUUCGGCUACUGAAUAAAUGCAUGGCAAAACAAGUUGCAGCUCAUGGAAGAAAAGCAGGGCAUGAAUGUGAUGGCAUUGGAGAGGAAGAAGAUGUCUUCGCAACCAACCAACCAAAUGAGAGGCAGCCAGAGUACCCAUCUCAACCGCCUGAAGCAUCCUGUGAACUAGUUGGUGAUGAUGGUUUGAAUGAAAAGGAAAAUGGUGGGGGGAGGCGUGGCCGGGGACGGGAUCGAGGGAGAGGCCGUGCACGAGGACAGUACAUCAAUAACAAUAAUAAUCAACGUGGUGGCGGUGGCGGUGGCCACGGCCACGGCCAUGCAAUUGGCACGCCACCAUCGAACGAUCUUAUCCACAGCGAGCAGCCUGCAGCUUCCCGGCAACCUCCAGGUCCUCGUAUGCCGGAUGGCACGAGAGGUUUCGCAAUGGGCCGUGGAAGGCCAAUCACAACCUCGCCCGCUGUCACUGGUGUUUAAGCAUUGAUGGCACCCAGUUUUUCAGUGUGUGCUUGCUGAAUUGGUGAUCCUAAGGUCAGUCUGUAGAGCAAGUGAAAGAUGCAGACUUGGCCUUCAUUUUUUUUUUUUGGUGUUCUUAUAGUCCUGUUUCAGACUUAAAGCGUCCCUUUAAUUUUUUUUAUUUUAUUUUUUGGCCCUUCUCCGGGAGGAUAAUAGUUCAUUUUAUCAGGGAGAUGAAGUUUGUUAUGGAAAUUUGGGAUUUAACUCAGUUUAUUUUACAUUUUAGUGUGAGUUUCCGAAUGCAAAUAUAAAACCAGAUGGUAUGAUUUUUAA